AAAAUAUGUCUCUAUCUUUUAAAAAUAUAGUUUUUCCAGAAGAAUGGCAAGUUCCUCCAAACGAUUAUAUAUUUAUUGAUGAUUGUUAUGAAGAAGCUUUACAAUUUAAUUUAUUUGAAAGGGGUGACGAAAAAAGUUAUACAUGGAUGUACCAUACUAUUAGUUGUUGUGCAUAUUUCUGGUGUAAAUGUUCAAGAUCCGAAAUGAAAUUAAUUGGCCAUCUAAUGUUAUGGACAUUUUUAUUAGAUGAUAUUUUAGAUUCUGAUAAAGUUAAUGAUGCAGAAGCAAUAGAAAUGAUUAAGAGAACAGAGUUUAUCUUCAUUGAAGGUAAAUUACCAGAAAAUCCAACUGAUUUAGAAAAAUACACCUGUUACCUAAGAAAUGAGGGAUUAAAAAUCGCUGGAGAUAGAGAAGAUAUGUUUAACAUGUUUUUAACCAAUUCUAUUCAAUGGAUUUUAUCUAUUAUCCCAUUAAAUAAAUCAAUGGAACAUAAAUUACCACCUCAUUUACAACUUCACGGUUAUUUAAGAAAGCUUAAUGUCGGUGUAGAGCUAUGCCAAGGUUUCACUUAUUUAAUCUUUGCAAAUAAUAAGGUGAAUCCAGCUAUUUUCAAUUCCCCAAGAUAUAAGAAAAUGCUUGAGUGUACAAGUAUGGUAGUCUCCCAUGUCAAUGAUAUGGCAUCCUAUUGUAAAGAAGUUAAGAAUGGUGGAGGUUUCAUCAAUUCACUAUUAAUUUUACAAAAAAGAGCCGAUCCUUUAUCAAUAGAACAUUCUUAUCAGGUAAUUGCAGAACAAACAAACGCUUUUAUUAGAGAUUUUAUAUACCAAGAAAAAAUGUUAUUAGAAAGUAUUUCAGAUGAACAACAGAAUGAAGUAAAAGUAUUUUUAGACCAUAUGAAGUAUUUAAUGAAGGGUAAUUAUCUUUGGUCUGGUACAACUGCACGUUAUGCUUCAAAAUCAUCACCUUUUGUUGAAAUGCAAAAGUCACUUAAUGUCCAUUUAGAUAAUGAAAUAGAUGCCUCCAGUUUAUAAUUUAUUAUUAAUUAAUAAUAAUAGCUUUUAAAAUAAUAAUAAUAAUUAAAUAAAACAAAAUAAAAUUAUAAAUUUAGUUUUUUAGUUUUUUUUAU